GGAUGAGGAUCCCCCAGGGGCCGUGGUGCCGUCAAGAAAGGCCGCAGGAUCCACUGGCGGUGAAAGAGUUAACAGCAGCAGCUGGCCCUUCUCAUCAAGAAGAAAACUCCCUGUCCUGGCCUGCCUCCAGGGCCAAGCUGUAGGAGCUAAAAACUGGAAGUUCAGACCUGUGGCCAGAUCUGCCUCUGUAGCAAGUACUGGAGGAGGGUAGUGGCCUGGCCGCUCUGUCUGUCUGUCUGUCUGAUGUUUGUCUCUCCAUAAACCCAUCAGGUCGGCUGACUGGCUUCCUGUUGAUCCUCUGUAAACCUGCCUGCCCACCUAGCUGUAAGCCUAUCUGUUAUCUUUUCUGGCCAGCUGUGGGGCCUGUGUGAAAAUUUAUCUCUAUCUCGGUACCCAUUGAUUUUUUUUUUUCCAUCUGUCUGGUUGCUUGAGUUUACCCGUAUACUUUCUUUCCUGUUUAUCUGCCGGUCCGUUCAUUUCUCUGUCCACUGCCCUGUGUGCCUACCUGCCUCCCUCUCGAGCCAUGGCCUGGAGUCACAGGGCCACAGUCUGCCUGGUCCUGCUGGGUCUGGGUCUGGGUCUGGUCACCGUUGUGUUGACUGUGGCCCUCUCUCCCCACCGCGCCUCUUGUGGCCCCGGGGCCUUUGCACACGCUGCCGUCGCCGCUGACUCCAAGAUCUGCUCAGAUAUUGGACGAGCCAUCCUCCAGCAACAGGGCUCACCCACGGAUGCCGCCAUCGCUGCCUUGAUCUGCACUGGUGUUGUUAACCCUCAGAGCAUGGGUCUGGGCGGAGGGGUCAUCUUCACUAUCUACAAUGUGACAACAGGGAAGGUGGAAGUCAUCAAUGCUCGGGAGACAGUGCCAGCCAGGCAUGUCCAGGGUCUGCUUGACCAGUGCAAAAAGGCCCAGCCACUGGGCACAGGGGCCCAGUGGAUUGGGGUUCCUGGGGAGCUCCGUGGCUAUGCUGAGGCCCACCGCAGACACGGCCGCCUGCCUUGGGCCCAACUUUUCCAGCCCACCAUCGCUCUGCUCCGAGAGGGUUUCCGUGUGCCCUCUGUCCUCAGCCAGUACCUCAGCCACAACUUCCUGCGGCCCUUCUUGUAUUCGUCAUCCCUGAGACAGCUCUUCUUCAAUGGGACUGAAACCCUGAGAUCUCAGGACCCAUUUCCGUGGCCUGCCCUGGCCAACACCCUGGAGACAGUGGCCAUGGAGGGUGCAGAGGCCUUAUACACAGGGAGGCUGGGCCGCGUGCUGGUGGAGGACAUUGCCAAGGAAGGAAGCCUACUGACAGUUCAGGAUUUGGCUGCCUUCCAGCCUGAAGUGGUGGCCCCCCUGGAGAUGGCCCUGGGAAACUACACCCUGUACUCACCACCACCGCCUGCAGGGGGUGCUAUUCUUAACUUCAUUCUCAAUGUGCUGCAAGGGUUCAACUUCUCGGCAGAGACGGUGGCCCAGCCUGAAGGAAAAGCGAACAUGUACCAUCACCUUGUAGAGACACUCAAGUUCGCAAUAGGGCAGAGGUGGCGGCUCUGGGACUCUUAUAGUCGCCCGGGGAUACAGAACACCUCCCAGAACCUUCUCGGGGAGGCUCUAGCCCAGCACAUUCGCCAGAAGAUCGACGGCCGCGGUGACCACCAGCUCAGCCACUACAACCUGAUCGGGGUCAGGGGCAACAGCAUGGGCACCUCUCAUGUGUCGGUGUUGGGAGAGGACGGCAGCGCUGUGGCAGCUACCAGCACCAUCAACACACCCUUUGGAGCCAUGGUAUACUCACCUCGGACAGGCAUCCUCCUUAACAACGAGCUCCUGGACUUAUGCUGGAGGCAUGAACCAGGUUCCACUGCCACUCCUCCGCCUGUUCCAGGUGAGCGCCCACCGUCUUACAUGGUACCCUCCAUCUUGGUCAACAAGGCACAAGGAUCCAAGCUGGUGAUUGGUGGGGCUGGUGGGGAACUCAUCGUGUCUGCUGUGGUCCAGACCAUCAUGAAUAAGCUGUGGCUUGGCUUUGACCUGACAAAGGCCAUUGCAGCCCCCAUCCUACACGUCAAUAGCAAGGGCCAUGUGGAGUAUGAACCCAAGUUCAAUGAGGAGGUGAAGAAGGGGCUGCAAGACCGGGGCCAGAGCCAGAGCCCGCGGCUCUUUUUCCUGAACUCUGUCCAGGCUGUGUCCCAGGAAGGACCCUGUGUCUAUGCGGCAUCUGACCAGAGGAAGGCUGGAAAGGCUUCGGGAUACUAAGACAGCUUUGCCCAGAGGUGGGAUCUGACCCUAGAUGAGUCCUGGGCUUCAGAUGGAUGAGGCUGUAGGUCUAAGUGCUCCAGGACCUGGAGCCUUUGCUACGAGAUCAACCUGGGCCUGAAGAGGACAGGGACCAGCUCGACAGAUGAAUGACUGAGAGGGAAGGACUGCCUUAUCCGUGGUCCCUUCCCAACACCUCUGGUGACCCUGCUCUGUCUCUUCUAGCCUCCCUCGGCAUCAUGCCCAUAUUCCAACUGGUGUGCCUACCAGUCCAGGAUUAAAGAGGAGCCACACUA